AUGAAUGGAGGACGUUUUGAUUUUGAUGAUGGUGGAACAUAUUGUGGGGGUUGGGAAGAAGGUAAAGCUCAUGGAUAUGGUGUAUGUACAGGACCACAAGGUAAAGGUGAAUAUGCUGGAGCAUGGCAUUAUGGUUUUGAAGUUUCUGGAGUAUAUACUUGGCCAUCUGGUAAUACAUACCAAGGACAAUGGCAAAAUGGUAAAAGACAUGGAUUAGGUAUUGAAAAUAGAGGUAAAUGGAUUUAUAAAGGUGAAUGGACACAAGGAUAUAAAGGACGAUAUGGUCAAAGAAAAUCUUUAAAUUCGCCUGCUAAUUAUCUUGGAACAUGGUCUUCAGGAUUUCAUGAUGGUUAUGGAACUGAAACUUAUGUUGAUGGAGGAUCAUAUCAAGGACAAUGGCAAAGAGGAAUGCGAUAUGGAUAUGGAAUAAGAAAAAGUGCUGCAUAUGGAGUUGCAGUAAAAUUUAGAUCUCGUUCUCAUACAAAUGCUUCAAUGACUUCUCUUCGAUCAGAUUAUGGAGAGGAAGAAGAAACUAAAGGAAAAGAAGAUGAUAUAGAUGAAUCAGAAGCAUGUAAAGGAGGUUUCGUUCUUCGAUCUCGUUCUGAUGCUCCACAAAGAAGGAGGCGUAGUUUAUCUGAACGUAGUUUAGCUGUUAAAAGAACUAUUUUAAGUGGCCUUAGAAUUAAAAAACAACAUUCAACAGGUGAUAUUCAUCAACGUGUUGCAUCAAUUAGUGGUAGUUUAAGAUCUUCUGGAUCAACAAUGAGUUGUGCAUCAGUUGAAAGUCAUGGUAAUCAUGGUAUAUCAUGUAACAAAGGAAUGGAUCAAGAAGAUAAAAUUGAUGAUAAAACAACUGAAACAUAUAAAGGUGAAUGGAAGAAUGAUAAAAGAAGUGGUUUUGGAAUAUGUGAAAGAAGUGAUGGUUUAAAAUAUGAAGGAGAAUGGUUAAAUAAUAGAAAGAACGGGUAUGGUAUAACGUAUUUCAAGGAUGGUACAAAAGAAGAAGGACGUUAUAAAAAUAAUAUUCUUAUUUAUUCAACAAGAAGGAAAGGUAUAAUGUUUGUUAGAAGUUCUAAAUUACGAGAACGUAUAGAAUCUAGUGUUGAAGCAGCAAAAAGAGCAGCAUCUAUAGCGCAACAAAAAGCUGAAAUAGCAGUAACGAGAACGAUGACUGCAAAAGAGCGUGCUGAACUAUCAAUUGGUGUGGCUGAACAAAGUCGUGAGGAUGCUGAAUUAGCACGUAUACAUGCAAAAAAUUUUGAUCCAAGUUUUAAGCAUCCGGGUAAUGAUACAUUAAAAGUUAAUCGUUCACAUAACAGGCAACUGUUAAGUCACAUAUCAGGUAAUACUACCAAUCAUGUAUCAUUUGACUCGAGUCUUGAUCCUAUAUCAAAUCAGGUAUCUUUUGACUAUUCAUCAUAUAAUCAGGGUAAUAAUACUGGUGGUAAUGAUAAUAUUCAUACUAUAGAACGCCCACCAAUGUUUGGUCAAUAUUCUCAACAUCCAUCACAAGAUUAUACAACACCAGAAGAAGAACAAAAUAUAUCAACAUAUGGACCAAAAGUACAAUUUCAACAACAACUUCAUCAUCAAGAUUCACCAAUUCAACAUCAUUCUCAUCAUAAUUUGAAUCAAGGACCUAAUAAUCCUCAUCAAAAUCAAAUACAUUAUUAUCAAUAUAAUACAAAUCAAUUAGGAAAUAAUCAUAUAUCAUUAGGCCAAAAUUCUACUACAACAUCUUCUCAAUAUUAUUCUAACAAUAAUAAUAACAAUAAUAAUAGUAAUAAUAAUAAUGUUGCCCAACAACCUCCUACUAAUAUAAUACAACCUGCUUCUCAAGAUGCUGUUAAUUACCACCAACAGUAUAACAAUAAUAUUAAUCCUACUAGUAAUAAUGAUACACGAAAAAAUGUUACUAAUGAUGAAAAUAAUAUUUUAACAUCAUCAAAUAGGCAGCAAUCAAAUAACUAUGAAAUACGUAGAAAUAGUAAUACUAAUAAUAAAAAUGAUAAUAAUAUUAAUAAUGAACAACAAUUAAUUACAACAAAUAAUCCAUCUAAUUCUGGUAAUUUUACAAAUUCUUCAUCACUUAUAGAAGAUCAUUCUUCAAAAGGACAAACUUUAGGACCAAAUAGAUAUAACACUAAUUUAUCAAAAACAUCUAUAAAUGCAUCAAAUUUUUCAUUAAAUGAUGAUCAUUAUGAACAAUAUAAAUAUUUAAGUGAAAAUGAUCAAGGAUUAAAAUUGAGAAGAAAUAGGCCAUCAUUAAUGAGACAGGCUGAUGUUAAUAAUCCUGAUUCUAAUCAUUUUAUAAAUAGAAGAAGUACAUUAGCUGGAUCAAGAGAUAGACCACCAAUAGUUGAUACAAAUAUUAUAGGAAAUUUAAAAAAAGAACAAUCAUCAUCAUUUGAUAGAGGAUCCCUUCCAAAUUUAGUUGAUUUAUCACAGAAUCCAGUAACAAUGCAUAGAGAAGAUGCCUCAAGAUUAGCAUCUCAAAGACGUCAAGAAGCUCAAAGAUUACUAGAAGAAGAAGAAAUGUUAAGAAAUAAUCCUUUUAGAUAUUUCACACAUCCAUCAUUAAGGAAUUGGUUAUUAAGAUAUAGAAUUCCUCUAAUAUUAAUAUUUGCUAAUCUAUUUCUCUUAUAUAUUCUUGUUCAACUUCUCACUUACAAGAAAAAUUCAGGCACUGGAGAAGAAUAA